GUUUGUUUGGAGCAGAACGUCGCCGAACCUUCGUGCAUUCGCCUCAGCUGCUGUUAUGUUCCGGGAGAAGCCCCGCCCAGUGUAAGCGAUCAACUUCCGGUCAAUAGAGACAUGGAACCCGGCGGGCAGGACAUCAACCUUAACUCUCCCAACAAAGGUUUGCUGACAGACACCAUGACGGAGGUCCCGGUGGGUCCCUCGGGGGUACAUAUGCCGGCUGACGCUGCAGGGGCUUCGCUACCGGAGGGCCUGACUGAGGCCGAGGCAGAGGAGCUGCGAGCCGAGCUGGUCAAGGUGGAAGAGGAGAUUCUCACCCUGCGCCAGGUCCUGGCAGCCAAGGAGCACCAUGCCACGGAACUGAAAAGAAAGCUUGGCCAAACACCGCUUAACCAGCUGAAGAUGAACCUUUCCAGGAGCCUGCAGGAGGUGCAGAUGUCCACCGCUUAUGUAAAAACCUCAGAGAAACUCGGAGAGUGGAACGAGAAAGUGACCCAAUCUGAUGUUUAUAAGAAGACCCAGGAGACUCUGUCUCACGCCGGCCAGAGAACUACCGCUGCUCUGUCCAACGUGGGCACUGCCAUUUCCAGGAGACUUGGGGACAUGAGGGCUCUUCCUUUCUCUCAGUCUUUUAGUAGCAGUUACUCCAUCCGUCACUCCAUAAGCAUGCCGGCCAUGAGGAACUCGCCCACAUUUAAAUCAUUCGAGGAACGCGUUGGGAGCUUGAAGAACAGAGCGUCUAGCGGCGGAGAAGGAAACGGCAGUCCCAAUCUGAACUCUCAAGACGACAAAUCACAGGACUCGGCUCCGUUCUAGGCCCCUGGGGGCCCGUCCUCUACGCUUCUUACCCUUCUCCCUUAGUACUCUCAUCUCGGAGCUCGGUGGGCGGCAAGGAAAAACCCGAAGACACUAAACCCCCACAGAACAUUCCUCCCGGUUCUGUUAUCAGACACACUCCUUCGCCGAGGAACGUGUGUUGGGACCCCCCCCGUGCCGAAAACUUUUUUUUCUGUGUUUUUUGCUUUGCGUGACAUUUGAGCCCCGCUAGCCUUAUAUUAAUGGCUACAUCAAGUCUCCAAACCUUUAUAUAGGGAAACUCUGUAUUCCAGCCGAUAUUCUGUGAAAUCCCUUAAUUCCCAGGCGUUUCGGGUCAGCGGGAUGUUUUGUGGUCCUGAGAUAAGCCGUGUGUGACUUUGGUUUAUGCCUUGGGGGUGCCCUGUGCCUCACAAGAGCUCCAGCUCGUGUAACACUACGUUAUUAAAGGGAAUUGCCGUUCUUCUUGAA